AGUUUGUUCUUCCCUAUAGCAGAUGAGCACUUUAAUGUAUGCUUGCUCACCCUUCUCUCUCCUCACCCCUCAUCUGUGUCUCUCGCCCCUUCUCUCUCUCUCCCUCUCUCUCGUCCUCUGCAGGGCAGUUAGCCGCAUUAGCUCCCUCGCUGUCCUCAGAUGACUCCUCCUCUUCCUCCCUCCUCCCUCCUCCUCCUCCUCCUCGGCUGUCUGCUGUGUCUCUGCCUCCCCCCUCCUCCUCCUCCUUUUCCUCCCCCGUCCUCCCCCCUCCUCACCCACCCCCCCCUCCUGUGACACACCAGACGAUGCGUUGACUGAGCAGAGGAGAAGAAGAAAACCUCUCCCAGCCAGCCGUCCUGCCUGCUGCAUGGAGGAGAAGCAGAGGAGAGAGAGGAGCAAAGAGGAGGUAAGGAGCUGUGGCUGUCUGUCCUUGUGUUCACUGGUCUGUCUGACUGUCUUACAUCCAUCCUCCUCCUAACUGUAACUGUACUGUCUGUCUGUCUGCCUGUCUGUCUGUCUGUCUGGACUCUGAAAGUGUUUGUUUCUUUUUAAACAGCUGUCUGUCUCUUUGUUCACCUGCCUGUCUUUCUGUCUGAGCCUCCUCUCUGUCUGAGGACACUGUAGACCCCACGCUGCCUGUCUAACUGUCUGUCUGUCUGUCUGCUCAGACUGUCUGUCUCUCUGCUGCAGUCGCACUGUAAACAAUAAUAAAACUAAACUCUGAAGGAGAUCAAACUCACUUGGAUGUGACUCAAAUGAACUUUGCUGUUCAAACUGGACCACCAGACCAAACUGGAAUCUACUGUACCAGACUAGACUAGAAAUUACUGUGCCAGACCAGACUGUCAGACUGGACUGGAAUCUAUUGCACUAGACUGAACUUCUAGACUGAGCUUAGAUGCAUUGUACUUGACAGGACCAUUAGACUUGACAGGACCAUUAGACUAGACUAAAAUACAGUGAACUAAACUGGACUGGAAGCAGCUGAACUUACCACCAAAGUACAAGACUGGACGUAGCUGUUCUAGGCUGGGAUUGACUGCAUUGGACAAGUUUGGACUACUCUAUCUAGAUUUGACUAUACUAGUCUAGAUGAGUCUGAUGAAACAAGAAUCUACUAUACUAGACCAGAUCACUAGACUAGACUGGAUUAUAUUGAACAAGACUGGACUACCAGUCCAAACUAGAUUAUACUGUACUAGACUAGGCAAAUAGACCCCAAAGAAUCCACACUGCUAGACUGGAACACUAGACUAGAAUCUAAUGUACUAGACUCCAGAAUAAUAGGACUGAACUCUGUUGGAUGUAGCUAUUCUUGAUUUGAAUAGACUGGACUAGAUUGUUCCUUACUGCACUAGGCUUGACUAGAUUAAUUUAAUCUGUUCUCGAUUUUACUGGACAAGACUGACUGGAUUAGACUUUACCCGAUUAGAUAUGGCUCACUAAACUAGAAUCUACUGUACUAGAGUAGAUUUCUAGACAGGACUAGAAUAUAAUGCAACUUACUAGACAAUGAGACCAAACUAGAUUUCACUGUACUGGACUGGAGUAUUAGAUUUAAAAAGAAGCUGCUCCUUCAGAAUGGACCACAACACUAGAAUGUACGUAAAUAUACUAGACCAGCCUGGACUGGACCCUGCUGGAAUUAGUUGUGCAAAGCUGGAAUCUGUUAGACUACAUAGAACUUUGCUGUAGCAAUGGACUACACUCCACCUAUCCAGACAGGAGAAUUGAGAUUUUUCCCGCACUAGAGUAGACUUGACUAAACUGGACUAAACAGUUUAAGACUAGACUGACUAGACUAGACCAUAUUUGACUAGAUUUUACCCUAAUGAUGAAGACUAGACUUUUCUGUACUAAAUCAGAUAGAUCCCUUCCCACCAGACUAGUACCUCCUGGAUUCUACUGUACCAGGCUUGAGCUCGACUCGAGUUUUUAGGACUUGGCUGCACCAGAAUGCAAAAAUCCUGCUAAACUAGACUUGGCAUCAGUAUUGACAAACAAACAGGACUACUGUUCUGCCCUAGACAAGAAUGGAGUGGAAUAAACUUUGCUGGACUUCUCUACUAGAAUGAACUUCUAAUGCCUAGACAGAGUGGGUCCCUGUUACUCGUCUCCUCCCCAUAAUUUAGAAUUUACUGGACUAGAGUAUGUACUGAAGAGUUAAAAAUGACAGGACUUCAGGAUCAUUUUUGUGCUUAACCAGACUAGGCUGUACAGAACUAGACACAAAUAAACAGGAAAGGACUUACUUGCACUGGACCAUAGUGGAAAAGGCUAGACUCUCCUGGACCGUGCUGAACUAGAGUAGAUUACACUUGACCAAAAUAGACUGUAAUACAGUGAACCAAACUAGACAAGUCCAGAAUGUGACGGCAUUGACCUCACUGGACUCUACUUUACCUGACUUGAUGUAACAGUCUCAAACUGAUCUGGACUAGACUUAACUGCACUGGUCUGGACAUGACUUCAGUGGACUGUAUAACACUGUUCCAGACUUGACUCUGCUUUUGAAGAGUGGGAUGGCCAUCCAGGAUACCAGACCAAAAGGUAGCAGACCGGAAUUUACUGGACUUUUCUGCUCUGGACUGGACUUCAGUAUAGUUGACAGGACAAGGCUUGACUGAACUCUACAAACAGGGAUGGGACUGCACUGGACUCUGCCAGACACAACAUGCCUCAAGUGCACCAGAACAAACUGGAAUCAACCAAACCAUAUCAUAUGAAACUCCUCUGGACUGGACUUGUCUGGACCAAACUGUACUUGACAAGACUAUACUUGACUCUACUACUCUGAACCUGUGUUUAGUGCAGUACACUAGCCUCAACGGGACUCUGCAAAACCAAGAAGAUCUGGAGUGGACCUUGAUUAAGCAGACUUACCUGUACCAAACCAGAAUAGACUUGAUUGGACUUUACUGUAUCAGCCCAGAAUAAACAGGACAACAGUCUACUGGGUUUGUCUAGAUCUGACUCUAUUGGACUGGACUCUGCUAUCCUCGACUUGGCUUAACUUAAGUAUACCAGGACUUAGCUACACUAGACUGGAAUGGACCAGACCCUGUGUAUGUGCUGUGCAAGACUGGACUCUCUUAGACCUCACUUAGACUCUCAAAGACCAAUAUGGAGUGAACGGGACUCUACUGGAUUUCACUGCAUUUUACUACCAGACUUACUCGUACUGGACUGGAUUUUACAGUAGUAAACUAAAACCGAAAACCAGGGUGAAUCUGAGUCAAGCCAAUUUAACCAUCCAAGACUAGAAACAGUUGACAAGAACCUUCCACACAUGACCCUGUCAGAAAUAACCAGUUUACACCUGCCUAAACCUUAUUCAUCCACAAUGGACUGAUCUGAACCUUACUGAACUCUGCUGGACUUCGCUGCACUGAAUUGGCCUUAAGUCAGGAGGACAUGACUGUUAUAAACUAGAAUAGGCAUGACUUAUUUCUGCUGUAUUUUUGUGUCCAAACCCAACUGGACUGUUCUGUACUGCACCAGACUGGGUUAGACUGGCUACCAUUGUACUGCACUGAACUUGACGCUCUAGUAGUAGACCAGGUCAAGCUGGUCUACUACCUGGCUAGGAGAAAUUUAGCUAUGCUAGUCUGGUGUGUGCUGCUCCAGAUAAGCCAGACCUUUACAAGACUGAAUUGGAUUGUGCUGUACUUUGCUGGACUGAACUGUAUCAGACUCUACUGUGAUCUGGUGUUGUAGACUGGAAUGGAUUGGACUUAACCAUACCCUAGUGUACUGGUCUAGACAGGACUACACUGGACUGCACUAGCUUACACUAGGAUAGACUCACUUCUCAUAGGCUAUUCUUCAUGACACUUGACUGACCUGGACCGUGUUGUGUUGAAAAGUGGUAGAAUAUGGUGGAUCAGUGUUUUCCAAACUGGGGAAUGGGACCCCAAGGGGGUACCUGGAGUUUUGAAAGCAGGGCCAUGGGGCCACCAUUCUGUACUGUUGGCAAGCAUGGCUGAUAUUGUAAAUGGUCUACCGGUUAAUCAUAAGGCUAAUGAUAAGGACAACAAAUGAUCCAGGGUCAUACCUUCAGGGGAGAGGCUGCUACCAUUUGUCACUUUUGAGCUCAUGAGUUUAUUAUGGACCUCUCUUUAUAAGGUCCCUUUAAUUGCCUUUUUUUCACAAAUGGCUGGCUGUUUUUUUAGGCACUGGGAAAGAAAACUGGUCUUCUUCAGUGUUGUUUAGUAUCUCAAGAAAAAGUGUCUUAUCGGUCUUAAUUUCAGCUACAUUCACCUGACAAGUUCAGAAAAAUGACUAGUUUUUAGAUAUUGCAUGAUUAAAAAAGGCCUGAAUUGCCAAGACACUUCUUUGAGUAUAUGCAGGAUGUUUUGCAGAGAACAUUUCAGAUAAUUCUGUAUAGGAAUUAGUUUGCAAAGGAGGAGUAUGACUGUCUGUUGGUGCAUAUAGCUUUAGGAUAUAUGCUUGUCUGCAUAUGCAUGGUAAAGGGGUCGGAGGAGCUUGACAAUAUUUUAAUCUCUGCAGAGGAGCCCUGCAAAAAAACUUAAAGGAACCACUGUGUGCAAAAACUGGACUUUUAUUUGGUCUCUGUUCAACUGUCCUGUAGCAGACUGUGUUAGAGUGAACUCCUCUGGGCUGCACUUUGGUUCUGUUCUGGAGCACGAUUAUAUGAUAUCACCUGACUCAUAGAAAGGCUGCAGCUCUACAGUGUUCUCCCUCCAUGUGUUUAUAGCAGGAAGUAAACAGCUGCCGUCACUGUGCCAUUAUGAAUAAUAAAUAUGAUAAUAAUGAAUAACUGAGUGUGUCUGUGAAGGACAACAACAUAGUUAUGUCACACAAACAGGAACUAAAUGAAAAAACACGAGCUGAGUGAUUGUACUGCUCACCCUGCAGUGAGGUCGAACUGAAAAUUUCCCUGCACACUGAGAACAUGAGAUUGUUGUAGCUUUGCUUGCUAGGUCUGUCUCUGUGGAUUGAGUCACUUUAUCAGUAACAAAAACAAAGUUAUAGCUUGUUGGUAUCAAGUCAUAAUUUCCGCUCCAGUUUGAGCAGGUCUAUGUAAGGAUUUCAUGGUUUAUAAUCCGAUUGGACAGCAGACUUGAUUCACUUAUGGGGGUUGUUGUGUUUAAAUUAGGAAAAAUACUUUAUUUUAUUCAGAGAGAGAUUGAAUUAACAAACAGCCAAAGCUAUAGAGCACAUGGUUAAAGCUGCUGUGAGGAACCUUUUGUUUGUAUUGAAUUUGGCGCCCCUUUGGAUAAAGUGAAACCUCUUAUCUUUGGCUCUGUUUAGGUAAUGUUUUCAGAUGUCAUCCUGUUAUCAUUAUUAUUUUUAAGUGAAGUGGGUAAUUGCCUUGGACAAACAGUAAAAAAAAGCUGUUUCUGUAGCCUGCUGUCAGUCAUGGUCCAACACCUACCCCCUCACAGUGGUUUUAAGGCUUUAAAAAUUACAAGAGUCUGUCAGCCUUUUUGCUGAUGGUCUCAGUGGCUUUGAAAAAGACUCAAAAAGGCAGCAGUAGUAGAAUUCCAGUAACAGUUUAAAACUCCUCAUAGUGCCUUUAAAACUCAAGAAAAUUUGUCAGAGGGAAAAAAAAACAGUUGAUGGAGUUUGUUUAAACACUGCUGGCCGCUUUUGUGUAUAAAACUGGACCUAAGAAGUGACUUCACCCACCAGUUUGUGGACAAACAUUUGGUAGACUCAGGUUCUACUUUUUUGCUGUUGCCAGUUUCAGGUUUUUGGUGCCAAAAGUUUCCAUAUUUUGUAGUCAAAAGUUGAGCAAAGAUUAAUGAACAGGGGAAUGAACAGACACUGAGCUUCCAGCCAUCUUUUAACACUUGACAUCUUGACAAGGGGAAACAGUAAGUCAUGUUUUUUUCUGACUGGGUGGCAAAUUUAGAAAGCAAUAAACAUGUUUGAUCAAGAUCUAUUAACCUGCACAAAUCAUGAGCUGACUCCAGGGAGAAAGAGUCUGAGGAAAACAAUAGAAAAAAAAGAGAUGCAUUCAAACAUAUUUUAAUGGGGGCUGUUGUAUCUUCCUGAUCUUCACAGGUAGAGACUUAUCAGUUACCUAAUUAAACAGGCACAAAGCCCGAUAGAGAAAAGUUUUGAAAAUCAUUUCCAAAUGUAACUUUAAACCAGUGUAGGAGUGUGAGGAUGAGAGGAACUGGCAAAGACGACAGGAUCUGCUGUCUAAACAAAUUACUCAUCAUGUACUGUAUUUUUUAGGCUUAUAAAAAGAAACAGUCUUUCUUUUUGGAGCUAAGUAGAAGCUUUAAGUUAACAGUCUAGAGUUCAUCAGAUGCAGAGACAGCCAUUUCUGUCAGGUGUGUAAUACACAGGAUGUUGUCAUCUGUGUAAAAACAGACGGAGGGACCUAAAGUUUUUAAAAAGGUUUAGUCUGGAUGAGAAUGAUCUAGGUUUUACAAAAAAAUUGUGCCAAAGUAAGGGUCUUCUUUUGUUCCUGGUUUUAUAAAUAAAAUUUGGAUCAUAUUAAUCUCCUUAAGAAACAUUCUUUUAAAGAUAAUCAAAUCCAGUCUAUCAAUGUAGAGCUGUACAUGAGGCCUCCACUAGGGGCACCAAAAUCUGUGCUUCAAAUAUUUUAAUUAUUACAAUUUAUAAUUUCUUUUUCUUUCGAAAGUGCAGGAUGUGGAAAAGGACGUAUUUAGAAACAGCUAGGUUUUAGAUUCCAGUUUUAUUACUACCUUGCUCACCCAUGAAAGAGCACCCACUCCUAAUGAAAGGCUCAUUCUAGGUCAAAAAUACAAAAAAGGGUUUUUAUAUUAAGCCGCUUGGCCACUUCUUAGUAAAUAUUCUAAUGAACAUCAUAUUUCAUUUCAGUUUACCCUGCUAAACUCCACUGAAUACUGCACAGUUUACAACUUCUAACAAGUUUUCAUGAUUUGAUUUGACCUAAUCCACUAGUUUUAAUGCAACCAAGUAGUUUUAAAACAGUUUGAUUGCUUUAUAAUAGUAAGGCACAGGGGACCUAACUUAUUCCUUGUGGGAUGCCUUAAUCUACAUCUGGAAUCUGUUAUCAUUUAUUUAUCCCUUAUCCUGAUUGUUUUUCCACACUUAAGUGAUUGUGGCUGCUUCGUAUGUGUUAAACAUUGUUGUAGCCUUAAUCUAACAGAUUUUACAUUGUCCAGUUUUUGAAAACUUUGCCCUUUUGUACAACACACUGGAAAGUAACAUAUCUUAGUAGGUGUUUUUGUUUGACUAAUACAGAAAAAUAUCUAUAAUCAUUUUCAUACUAAACAAUCAAUAAAUAAACAAAAUGCAAAUAAAUAGAUAAAUAACAACUGACCUCUGUUACAAAUACAUUAAUACAAAAUGAAAAUAAAUAAGUAAGCCAUGAUCAAUUAAGUAAUUAAUAAUUUUAACCAAAUGAUAAAUGAAUAAAUAAAUAAACAGAAUAAAAUUAUAUAAUUGAAAUAUGUAACUGAAAAAAAUGUCUAAUUUAAAGAAAUAAGAAUAUUUUUUAAGAUUAAAUAAUCGAAAAAUUAAAAAACAAAAUUUAAAAUAGUUACAUUUUAAGUGUCUUUAAAUAAGAAAAUUUCAUAUUUUUUCUUUUCCCAUUUGCAGCUUGUAUUUUAACUUAAACAAGAAAUUCAGCUCUAAUUUUCAGCAUGUAUCAUCUUCAAAUUAGCCAUUUUUUGGACUUGUCAGGUGAAUGAGGCCUUUAUUAAGUAUAAUUACACUUUCUAAAAGAGAAAAGAGAAAGGACAAAAACACCUGCUAUUUGAAUGUGGUCAUCGGUGCAGCACUUCUUACCUUAAGUGUUUAUGAACAGAGUUUAAAUCAGCUGAUUUGUAUUGGUUGUGUUUCUCUCUGCAGUAUGGAAAAAAAAGCUCAGUGAAAGUGAAGUAGAGGUGUUUGUGUUGAUUACAGUGAACAGAUGAAGGUCGUCUGUGGGAAGUUAUUCAGUCUCGAAACACUUGUCUGAUAUUAAUUAUGGCAUAGAGCUUCUUUUCUGCAAAGUGUGGUGCAGCAGACUGCGUUUUCUUUUUAUUUAGACCACCAAACUCAUUAGAUGAAGAUGAUAUUUUAAAUUAUAGAGAUUGGAUUUCAUUGCUCCAUAACAUUUCAAAUAUUUGUGCAAAUCAGAGGCUUACAGUUGAGGAGAGCCUCUGCAGAGAUGGAGCUCUGUCUUCCUCACAGCCUGGGACUUUCUGUUGGAUUUUUAACAGCGCAGAGCAGACACAGAUUUGUUCAGCCGAAGAGGAAAUAUAGAUUCAGUGAAGAAGAUGAGCACCUGAGUCAGCAACAGUGAUGUCAUGAAGGGGAGGAGCUUAGAAAGAGUCUAGACAGAGGCCAGUCUGCAUGGAGGACCAGUGGUAAAAAAUAUUACACAAGCACUGCAUUACAGUACUGUUUGGAACUAUUUUCUGCAGCUGAAACUUCUUUUUUUGUGCCACUUUCAGCAGUUUUUUUAUGUUUCCUACAGCCUUUUGCAUAAAUGGUCAAAAUUAUUGUAUGAAAAAAGAGAUAGAGGAGGAUAAGCUUGAAAAAACAGAGGUGUCAGAUGUUGAUGUUAUUCUCAGUUUGUUCUGCAUGAAGAUGAGAAGGUGUGAAGCUGUCGUUGUGUAAAACUCUCCCUCCCCCUCCUCACCCCUCUCUCCUUCCUCUUCCACCUCCUCCCUCCUCCUCAUGUUCUAGCUGUCCCUCUGUUAGAAGCUGACCUCCAUCCUGAUGAUCCACAGUCUUCUCCUGGCUGUCCAGCUCAGACUCAACACCUCUGACCUCAACACCAACCUCCUCUCUGACUCUCUCAGGCCUGACCUCUGACCUCUGAGCUCACUGUUUUCUCUGCAACAACAUGGAUCUGAAUUGUUUUGGAGGUAGCAUCUUCAGGAUCCCUGACACUUAAACACUCUGACCUCUGGCUGGGCAGGACCGUCUCCUCCUUGUCACCAGCUUGUUCUAACCCUCAGUCACUUUUGGUCCCAUCCUCCUCCUUGCCGUCCACCAUGUCUGAGGGGCUCCUGCAGGUGGAGAUCCCGGACUUUGGCAGCAGCGUGCUGGGCAGCCUGAACGAGCAGCGGCUGCUGGGUCACUACUGCGACGUCUCCAUCCUGGUGCAGGGCCAGGCCUUCAAAGCGCACCGGGCUGUUCUCGCCGCUUCCUCACUCUACUUCAGAGACCUAUUCAGCUCUGCAGCUGACUCCUCUUCUUCAUCCUCUUCAUCCUCCUCUGCUCAGGCGGUGUUCGAGCUGCCGUCUUCAGUCACGCCAACGUGUUUCCAGCAGAUUUUGGCGUUCUGCUACACUGGGCGCCUCAGCAUGGCUGCCAGCGAGCAGCUGGUGCUCAUGUACACCGCUGGAUACCUGCAGAUCCAGAACAUUGUGGAGCGAGGCAUGGAGCUGAUGAUGAUGAAGGCCUCCUCCUCCUCCUCACCCCUCUGUUGUGACUCACAGGUGAGUUAGGCCACACCCACAGAGGUUUGUCUAGAGAAAAUAACCACUUAAAAAGAUAGAAAAUGUGAUAAUCAUAUUAUUUUAAGUUUGUUAGUUUAGUCUGAAUGUUAUAAUAAUGUGUGUAAAUCAGAGAAUGACACCCCCUCUUUAACAAUAAUGAUGCAUUACAGACGACCUCAGCAGAUGAGCUCGGGGGCUUUGACACCCAGAUGGUUCAGCAGCAGAACAGCGCCCCCCAGCUGCAGGCCAGUCCAGACCAGCCGGCUUUGAGCCCAGAGGAGCUGCUGCUGGCCGUCAGCAGGAUCAAACAGGAGAGAGCCGAUACUCCCCCUGCCGAUGAGAAUGGGGUAGGAGGAGCAGGAGGAGGGGGAGGAGGCGAGGAGGGCAGGUGAGGACAAACAGAAGUCCAGGUCAGGUUAGGACCAGGCGAGAGCAGCAUUUCAGACCUUUUUGACACUUUUGAAUGUCUGCAUGUGUUCAACAGUACCACCAAAGCCAGACUGCUUCCUGUCUUUGUUUGACAGCGUUUUUUAAGCUAAAAUGAUCCAAAAGCCUCUAGUUAAUAAUGAGAAAAACAGCAAUAACAGGAGGAGAGUCUAUAAUAGACUCCAGGGAGGCAAAAAUAUGCUUUUAGUUUUCUCUGCUAUUUCACUGAGACUAAAUGCACCAGACUGAAACUUAAAGAUCAGUCUCUGCAACAGCUUAUUCUGAGUCAUAUGUAAGCUGAAAUGUGUUGCAGGUGUAGCCAUUAUUAAGAGAUGAUCAAAGGAAAGCAGGUGAUGUGGAAAAAUAUCAGAGUUUGCUUGUAGAAGAUGUGGUAAACAAAAACGACUUUUGAUGCAGGAGGCCUGAUUUCCAGUGUGUAAUAAACCAAAGUGUUGACUUCUAGGGAAUAAACACACAGAAAACCUUCCUUAUUUGACCUUAAAUAUCCAUCAGAAAGCAGCCUGUAACUCAAAAGGAAUAUACCACAUAACUUUAAGGCUUCAGAUAAUCUGAAAGGCUAACUUAUAUACAAAUUUACCUCAGUAAAUGAGCGAUAGAAAACAGGUUUUUCUGCUUUGAAAUGGACCUUUAAAACAGGCUCCAGCUGGCAGAGCUGCAGUUUUACACUUCUGCAUUCACUCCAUUUUGCACCACCAGAGGUUGCCUGCAUGUUUUCAAACUGCAAACCCUUAGUACCUACUGCAUGUUUGUAGACAGGUUAACAUUUGAGGACACAUUUCCUACCAUCAGUAGGGACAUUAGAAAUUGUGGAUUAUAUCAAAAGGACAGGACAAAUGUCAGUGAACAGACUUCCUUCUGCACAUGAGCAUCUGUGCAUCAUCUUAACUUUUGAAAGCUGACAACACUUCCGAAAGACUGAUCGUAAUGUGGAUCUGGCUUGACUCUGGUUGUAGGGUAGGUCUGGUAAUUGCAUCUAGUACCUUCAGGGACCUGUAACUUGAAGCUCUGGCUGCUAAAAUGUUAGACUUGGUGUCUGACUUCAGAGGCCAACUGCUUUGUACUUGGAAAACAGUCCUGUCUUCGUUUUGUUCAGAGUCGACAUUGCUGGUGAUCUCCAGUCCUCCAGGAGCAGCACUCUGUGUUACUUGGGCGCAGGUGGAGGUUUAGUUCCGGGGCUGCAAUCUUACCUGCUGGCGGGAGGGGGGCGCUCUAGUCCAGGAGGCUCCAGCCUUCCCACAGACUCGCCUCCCUCUCACCCUGCUACAGAGGAGGAGCUAGAGGAGGAUUACUAUGGGAGUAGUGUCCAUCCAGGACUCUACCAACACAUCUAUGGACAUCCUGGCAACCCCUACAGUAAGUAACACUAUGAUGCAGUCCAAUCAAACUAUGCACUUUAUAAGGGGGGUAAUGAACCACCAACUUAGAGCAGGCACAUAAGUUUUAUCAGUAAUAGUAGGUCUUGAAAUUCAGAUCCAAUUUGUGCUGCAGAGUUCUCCGAUAUGAUACGAUCUGAUUUUGUCUGCAGGUGGUUUUAUUGGAGCUUUAUCUGGUUGAUACCAGCAAUCUAUAGAUCACACUCCCUAAAUUUGCUUCCUGGUAAUCCUGAACCUCUCACUAUUUUUCCAUUCGUCCAGUCCAAGAGAAGAUGGAGAUGCUGUCCCUCCCGUUGGCUAACGAGCGUCGGCCCUGCGUGCUGGUUGGUCGGGACAACAUGGCUCUGCCGGCCAGUUUGAUCAGUCAAAUUGGGUAUCGCUGCCACCCAUCACUUUACACCGAAGGAGACCCUGGAGAGAAGGUGGAACUUGUGGCUGGUAGGAUAACUUUAAUCCACUUGAGCUUUUGUAGGUAUUUAGCAUGAGCAGAACAUUAAAUGUUUCAGUUAAGUCUAAAAGUUGAAAAGUAUAUACAAUGUGGAGUGAUUCUACUAUUUUCUAUACACAUUCCAGUACUGAUAGCUUUGAACCCUGUGACAUGAAUAACCCAAUACAAAUGGAAGCGCUUGUGCCUGUUCAAGUCAUGUAAUUAAUCUGAGUAACCAAACCCUUCAAAGGCAGAGGCUGGUUCACUGAAAGCUUUUGGACCAAAGUGGCAUUUUAUAUUUAAAAUAUAUACAUGACCGCUCAAAAGUUUUAGAACACCCCAAUUUUUCCAUUUUUUCAUUGAAAAUUAAGUAGUUCAAGUCCAAUGAACAGCUUGAAAGGGUACACAGGAUAGUGGUGAACUACCAGAGGUAAAUAUAAAAAGGUAAGGUUAGCCAAAACUGAAAAUAAUGUACAUUGUAGCUCCAAACAUUCCCUCCAUCUCUCGCUGCAUGUGCCACGGCAGUUUUUGUCGAGUCUCACUGCAGGUGCAGAUCCUGUGACCUGUCCUUUCCCGUCGUUACAGUGCGCUAACUUGCAAAGCAGCUGCCGUUUUUUUUCUUCGUUGUUCUUCCUCUCAGUUUUUUCCUGCUGUUUAUUUAAUAUUCGAAUAUUAAUUUUCACAUUCGAAUAUUGUUUUUUGUUAAUAUUCGAAUAUAUAUUCGGAUUUAGAAUAUUUGUUGACAACCCUGGUUGGAACACACUGUGGUACCAUACCAUUGUGAGCAUUGUUUGAACAGUAGUGUACUGCAGAAAGAAGUAUGUUACUAUAUAAUUGGCAAGGAAAAGGCAAUUAAUGAUAGAAGAGACACAGACCAUCAUAACACUUAAAAUUGUAGGUCUUUCCUACAGAGAAAUUGCCAAGACAGUCAAGGUGUCAGUGAGUUUACCAUCAAAUGGUGCUCAGAAACUGGAGGAAAUGCUGACAGGCAGAGGUGUGGCAGACCCAGAGCCACAACAGCAUCAGAAGACAAGUUUCUGAGAGUCAACAGUUUCGGUGAUAGGCGGCUGAUUGGACAACAGCUUCAAGCACAGCGUACUAGUGAUCGCAGUAAGGAAGUCUCAGUUUCGACUGUGAAGAGAAGACUUAGAGCUGCAGGUUUGAUGGGUCAAGUUGCAGCAAGAAAAGCCAAUGCUGAGACUUCAGAAUAAGAAAAAGAGGCUUGCCUGGGCAAUGAAACACAGCCAAUGGACGACUGAAGACUGGAAGAAGGUGUUCUGGACUGAUGAAUCAAAAGUUGAAAUCUUCUGUUCCUCACGCAGGAUUUUUGUACGCCAUUGAGGACGCGAAAGGAUGGUUCCUCAGUGUGUGACGUCAACUGUCAAACAUGGAGGAGGAAGUAUGAUGGUCUGGGGCUGUUUGGCUGGAUCCAGGGUUGGUGACUUGUACAGAGUAAAAGGCACCCUGAACCAAAACGGCUACCACAGCAUUCACAGCCAUGCAGUACCCUCUGGGUUGCACCUAGUUGGUCACGGAUUCAUCCUACAGCAAGAUAAUGACCUAAAACAUAAGUCCAAGCUAUACCAGAACUACCUUAAGAAAAAAAGAACAAGAUGGUAAGCUCGAAAACAUAGAGUGGCCAGCACAGUCUCUAGACUUAAACCCCAUCGAGCUGGUUAAGGAUGAACUGGACAGAAGAGUGAAAGCAAAGCAAUCUACAAGUGCUACACGUUUAUGGAAACUUCUGCAACAGAGUUGGGAAGAACCAUAGACUGUAUAUACAAUGGACAGCUUGGUUCCGCUUUCCGCUAGUAUAUGGAUUUGAAGCCGAAAAGCUCUAGGUAAUUCCGCGUUUUUUCUCCACUUCCUGAACCUAACAUUGCGCAGUAGCAUUGUACGCACUCCACCACUUGCUGAGUAGCAUUGUGCGCAUCCGGUGGAAGAGUCGCCAAGAGUUGCUGUGAUGACACUCGGCUCAAACAGCGAAUCCCCCGGGUGAGCUACACAAUCUUCGUACGCCCAUAGGCUGUAUCAAGUCAAUCAUCAAAAACAUGAACUCCCUAACAACUUUUAAAAAUGGAGCUGUACAGAAAAAGAGGACUUGAGCACAAACCAGUCUUACAAGAACUACAUGCCAACAUCGCAAGCAGGGGGGAGAAAAAUUUUAAGUUUACCUUAAAUUUGUCCACAGCCCCAUAAGGAUGGCUGGUGGAGGCGGGAUUUAUGACCUAUACUGCAGCCCGUCACCAGGGUGUGCUGUUCUUAGAGUUGCUUCACCCAGCAAGGAGGCAGACGGCAUCCAUUCUAUAUACAGUCUAUGGGAAGAACUUUCUAAAGAAUAUUUGAUUUCCAUUGUAGAAAGAAUGCCAAUAGUGUGUUCAGCUGUUAUAUCUGUCAAAGGUGGCUACUUUGAUGAGUCAAAAGUUUAGAAUACAUUUUUGUUUCUAAAUUGAUUCUAUGAUUUCUUUUUGUAACUUCAAUCGUUUAUUUGUUCUAUGCAUUAAUUUCAGAGUACACUGAGACAUUAAACAUCACCUUUUUCAAUAAAAUUAUUAUUGGGAAAAAAAUGUAUAUACAUGUAUACACAUACGUACGUGUGUGUGUGUGUGUGUGUGUGUGUGUGUGUGUGUGUGUGUGUGUGUGUGUGUGUGUGUGUGUGUGUGUGUGUGUGUUCAGGUUCAGGUGUGUUCAUGACUCGAGGUCAGCUGAUGAACUGUCACCUGUGUGCUGGAGUCAAACACAAGGUGCUGCUCAGGAGACUGCUGGCUACAUUCUUUGACAGGUGAGUUAUAACAGAACUAUUUGAACAUGUUAACUUGGUCCAAAAAUGUAAGCCCAUGUUUUAUUUUUGGAUGAUGUAAGCAGCUUCCAUUCCCUCAUACAUAAGCUUUACCUUGUUUCCUCUGUGCAUGUAUCCAGUUUUGGCUGCUUGAAGGUGCCUUCAAUCCAAGUGGUAGUAAAUUUUGUACAUACUCAGUCGGUUAGAAUUGUAAGUGGUUUGUGCAGACAGUGACUAAGCUGUUACCUGCUUAGAGGAGCAGUGAAACUUAAGAAAACAGAGUACUCCUACUUUCAUGUUGCAUGAUAUGACAUGUUACACUUUUCUUUUUUAUAAAGCAAAAGUACAGUGAUGUCAACUCAGACCUCAACCCAAACAAUCGAUUUCACACAUCAGCAGACAAUGGUUGUGUCCGAAAUCAUUCCGUCAUCUAACUAUCCAUCCAUUUUUCUUCGGUGGGGAUGGGGGCUCAUCUGGGGUUGGGUCAUAGGGGCAGCAGUCCAAGUAAGUUGACCCAAAACCCCCCGUCCCCAGAAACACUUUCCAGCUCACCCUUUGGGAUCCCAAAGCAUUCUCAGGUCGGCUGGGAUAUGUAUCCCGUUCAGCAAGCCCUGGGCUUACCCCAGUUGGAUGUGCCUGGACCACCCCCAAAGGGAGGCAUCCUUAUCAAAUGCCCCGACCAUCUACGCCGAACUCCCUCUGGAUGUCUGAGCUUCUAACCCUGUCUCUAAAGCUGAGCCCAGACAUCCUUCAGUAAAAACUCAUUUAGCCACUUAAAUACGCAAUCUUAGUCUUUCGGUCACAACUCAGAGUUCCUGAUCAUAGAUGAGGGAAGCUUUGCUUUUCUGCUUAGCUCUCUUUUCACCAUGAUGGUCUGGUGCAACACUUGCAGUGCUGUUAACACUGAAUGAUCUGCCUUUCAAUCCUGUGAACAAAACCUUGAAAUCCUUGAACUCCAAGAGUGUGGGUAAAGAUUCAGUUCCCAUCUGGAGAAAGCAGUCCAGAAUUCCCCUGCAGGGUUUGAGCUGCUGACUUUAAGCUGCAAACCACCCUAUUGCCAGAGGGUUCUCCCUAAGAAUCACCAUCAUAUCAUAGUGGAGGGUUUUGUGAGGGUCUGGUGGUCAGGCCCACCACCUGCAUGGAUAAGCAAUGUAAGCCUUUUGGCAGUAGAGACAGUAGGCCUGGGUGUGCUGUAGCCUGGCUGGGCCAUCUUGUUGCGUGAAUCACUUGCUGUUCCUUCCCACAACAGUCUGGACUUCGGCCCAUUGGGAGCGUGUAUUCCCGGUCAGAAAAUAACCGGGCCAAUCAGAGACCGUGUUUCCACUGUUACCCGGACAACAGGGAAAGGCAGCCCCUGAUUGGUCCAUGUGUAGAUGGUGACGUCUAACACAUGCUGCGGGACUUUUUAAAGCGCCAUCAUUCAGAACGCGUUAAUUCUGCAGUUGACUUUGUAAAGUCGGCAGAAAUCGUUUAGAUCCGACGUCUUCUGCGGAUAUAAACGAUUUCUGCCAACUUUGCAAAGUCAACUGCAGAAUUAACGGCGUUCUGAAUGAACGGCGCUUUGAAAAGUCCUGCAGCAUGUGUUAGACGUCACCAUCUACACAUGGACCAAUCAGGGGCUGCCUUUCCCUGUUGUCCGGGUAACAGUGGAAACACGGUCUCUGAUUGGCCCGGUUAUUUUCUGACCGGGAAUACACGCUCCCAAUGGGCCGAAGUCCAGACUGUUGUGGGAAGGAAUGACAAGUGAUUCACGCAACAGGAUGGCCCAGACAGGCUAGGUGUGCUGAUCCCUGAUGCCAAUGACUGAAAAACUUUCCCUCAUCUCAACAUUUUUAUUCAAAAAAUGAAAAUGCAUGAUGGGAUAUAUUGCUCGGUUAGUGACCAUUGGUUGUAUGCAAAUAUUCACAGUGCAUUGCUGGAAUCAAUGAGUCCACUGUAUAGAGUAUGUAAGUUUUCACCCAGGAUAACAGCAUAUUCUCGAAAUAGUGCUCUCGUAAGGGAGUAGUGAGUGAUUUCGGACACAGCCAGGGUGUUACAUCAGGUGACAGACAUCAUGAUAUUAGAGGCGUAAACAGGCAUUAUGUGACAUCAUUAGUGAUUGUCAGCAACAUGUGACAUUCUUUAGCAUCAUUAGAUGUGAUGUGACAUAAGCAGACCUGUGUGACAUCAUUAGAUGUCAUGUGACAUCUGCAGACUGUGUUCAAACUUGAAGAACAUCCUGACACUGAGCCUCCUUCAGGAUCCAGCUGCUGCUUUACAUAACAGCUCUGUCACAUUGUCUCAGAGAGAGAGAGAGAGAGAGAGAGGGUGAGCGAGGUAAUCUAAAGCUUGGUAUAGGUGCUGAUUGGGUUGUUAUGGUAUCCAUAGAAACACUCUGGCCAAUAGCUGUGGGACAGGAAUCCGUUCCUCCACCAAUGAUCCAAGCCGAAAACCCCUGGACAACCGAGUGUUAAACACCGUCAAACGUGAGACACAAACACACACACAUACACACAUGGACACACAUGAAUACACACACACACACACACACACACACACACACACACACACACACACACACACACACACACAGUCUGACUCAUUGAUUUAUAUCUUUUUACUGUAUUUUGAAAAUGUUGAGACUUUUUUUCUCUCAAAUUGUUCUUCCUCCUCUUUCUCUUUCUCCUCCUACACCUUUUCCUCGUUCUCUUCUUACUCCUACCUCUGCUCUUCCUCUCUUUCAUCCUCCUUCUCUAUUUUUUCUCCUCUUCUUCCUCCUCCAUGUAUUUACCCUCUUUUUCCUCCUCCUCUUUCCCUUGUUCUUGCUCUUCCUCUCUCUCUGCAACUCCUUUUCCUCCUCAACUUUGGUCCUCACUGUGUCCUCUUCCCCCCUUUUUCUUUCUGGGUAAUACAUUGCAUUCCCUCUUUUUCCAUUUCUUCUUUUCUAUUCUUUCUUCCUCCUCCUCCUUGUAUUGAUCGUUCUUUUCCCAUCUUCUUUCUCCUCCAUAUUCUCCUUUUUCUACCCCCUCAUUUUCACUUUACCUCCCUGUCACUCCUCCUUUUUCUCGCCUGUUUCUUGACUUCUUUCCCCUAUUUUCUUUUCUUUUACAUUAUUCUUUCACUUUCUGUUCUCAUCAUUUUCCUUCUAAAAUGUCUCUGUCCUUCUUUUCGUCUUUCUUCUCUCCUCCUCUGUACUCUUUUCUUUUGUGUUUUCCUCCUGUCUUUUUACUACUCCUUCUUUUUCUCUGUUUUCCAUCUCUGUUUUACUCUUGUUCUUUCUUUUCUUCCUCCUCAACGUCAUACUUCCUCCUUUUAUCCUUUUUAAUUUUCCCUCUCCCUCUUUUCCUCCUCAUUGUCCUCCUGUCUUGUUGCUUCUUCUAUUUUUAUUCAUUUUGUCUUUUUUCUGUAAUCCCUUUUCUGCGUCUAUUCUCCUUCUUCUUAUGCUUUUAUUCUUUCACUGUCUUUACCUUAAUCAUUGUCUUUCACUUCCGUUUCCCCUUUUCUCUCACUGCUCUUUUGAUGUCUUCUCCCCUUUUUGUUUUACAUCCCUUGCUCUCUUUCUACUUCGUUUUUUUCCUUUUGCCUUUUUUAUCUCUAUUCCUCUUCUCACUUUUGCUUCUUUUCUUCUACCCUCUCUAUCAUUCCCCCUUUCUCUUCUUUUCUCCCUAUCUUCCUCUUUUUAUUCCCCUCCUAUUUUUUCUCCUGUUUUCUUCUGUUCUUUUCUCCCUUUUGCCUCUUUCCUAUUGUACCCAUUCCCCUCCUUUAUUUUUUUCACUCUUUCCCCUUCCAUUUUUAUUUUCUUCUUUCUCUCCUUUCCCCUCUUCCUUCCCCUUUUAUUUUUUCUCCCUUUUUUCUUUUCCCUUUGUUUUUGUUCUCUCUACUAAUUUCCAUCCUAUUCCCAUUACUCUCUCUUCUCCUUCUCUUCUGUCUUUUCUCUUUUAAACUGCCUUUCCAUUUCUUCUCCUUUGCUCUCCUAUUUUCCUCUCCCUCUCCUUCUCCUCCCUUUUCUUCUCCUACCCCUCUCCCUCUCCUCUACCUCUCCCUCCCCUCCACUCCUUCUCCUCCUCAGUCUACUGUCAAAACUUCGCUCCUAACUUUAAGGAGAGUGAGAUGAACGUCAUUGCAGCUGACAUGUGCACCAACGCCCGCAGAGUCCGUAAACGCUGGCUCCCAAAGAUCCAGUCCCUCCUCCCUGACAGCCUCCCCGCCUCCAGCUCCCCACAUCCCCGCAAGGCCAAGAGAGGAGCAGGAGGAGGUCAGGGGGGAGAGGCAGGAGUUCAGUCCAGCGGCAGCCCCUUCGAGCUGGAUCUGCGGCAGCUCAGCGCCUCCUACCUCGGCUUGGAGGCUCCGCUAUAUGCUGAACGACGUGAGCGGGAGGCAGCAGGGGAGAGAGAGAGGGAGAAGGAGGCCCCAGCAGCCCUCCUGCCUCACCUGCAGUUCGCUGGGUCCCGUGGGGGAGGAGGGGGAGGCACAGGUGGGGCUCAGGCAGAAGAAGGAAUGAACGGAGGAGAGGCAGAGGGGGGAGGUAGAUCACAGACUGAACAACCCCCAGAUAAUCCUCUCUCCCUGUCCUCCUCCGCCUCCUCUUCCUCCUCCUCCUCCUCACACCCCUCUCCUCAGCCUGCAGAGCCUGCCCCACCUCAGAGGGGGUUGGCCGAAACAGAGGAGAGGGGGGCGGAGCCUCUGGAAGACAGCCAAUAAGCUUUCUAUCGCAUCUGCCUACCUGUAUGUAAAUAACACAAUAGCUACCUGUCCCCAACCAACCUGUCUCUACCUACCUGUCCCUACCUGUCCGUCCUCCAGCCCAACCCCCACCUACCUGGCACUACCUGUCCAUCCUCAAGGAAAUGUUUCUACCUGUCCUUUGCCCACCUUUCUGUCUCUACCUGCUUGUCCCUUACCAACCUUUCUGUCUCUACCUGUCUGUCCUCAUCUAUUACUACCUUUUGGUCCCUUACCCACCGUUCUGUCCUUACCCGUCUGUCACCACCUAUCUGGUGCUACCUUUCUGUCUGUCUCUACCUGUCUCCCUCUCUUUUGUCCUUAUGUCUGUACCUGUCCAUCCUCCUGUGUGCGCCCUCUUACUUGUCUCAACCUUUCUGUCCUCCUUUCUAGGCUGUCUUUCAGCUCACCUGUCUAUGUGUCUGUCUUUCCUUUUCCUCUGUCUUUAUGUCUCUCUUUCCCUCACUACCUUUUGUACCUGUCUUUACCUGUGGUCUUCCUGUCUUCCUACCUGUCUAUCUGUCCACCUGUCUUGACCCUCCUUUUUUCCAACCUACCUGCCUAUCUCUCACUUUAUCUUUCCACCUUUCUCCCUACUACCUGUCUGUCCCCACCGGUCUACCUUUUUGUCUGUCCCUAACUGUCUCUCUGUUCCCCUACCUCACUACCUAACCACCCGUCUACCUCUCUACCCCCUUGGUUUGUCUACCUAUCUGUCCAGCCUACCUCUGUCUGUCUGUCCGUCUGAACCUCUACCUGUCUGUCCUCCAGUCUGUCUGUCUGUCUGCUCGGCUCUGCUGCAUGUUAACAGCCUCCUGCAGUCCAGCACACAGGCCCAUAGCAACAGGACAAAUGAUGAUGAUGAUGAUGAUAAUACUCACUCUGAUAGCAACAAUAAAGCUUCUUGAUAAUCAGACUUAUGUUUCU